AUGGGUUCUGAAUUGGGCGUUACCGCCGACUCUAAGUCGGAGGUAAAUUUGUCGCCAGUUAGCGUUUGGUGGAUUUGCUACGGUUGUAUUUGGACCUUUUUCGUCUGCCUCGGCAUCGUCUAUAUGGUGAUCCAUCGCAACUCGCCAACAAUUCGAAUUCGAGGCUUAGGUCUCAUGUUGUCGUCCAUUUUCUUCUUACACUUGUAUUUCUGGUCUGUCCAAUUCGGUCUCUGCCUGGGCAAUAUUAUGCCUGGCGAUGCCAUGUUCUGGUUCAUGGGUGUCUGGCUGCCCGUCGGACUUUCUUUGUUCUACGCCUCAAAUGCUCGUUUCCUACACAUCGCAAGGCUGCAAAAGAAAUAUGCCUACCCUUGCAGUCGCCUCCCUGGAGAUUCUUCUAAAUUCCGCCGUCAGAGUGGUUUGAUCGGUCGCUUCCACCGUCUUGACUAUUCCUCUAAGAGUUUCCUGGUUGUUGGCGUUCUUAUGUUCAUCCAGAUCGGUCUUUCCGUCCUCAUGUACCUCAUCUCGCGCAAGUACCACCCCUCAUGGGGUAUCCCGGGCACCGAAGUUACCGGAACCCCAAUGGAGAUGAAGGCCAAAGAAGGCCGAGGUUGGGAAUGGUGGCCCGGUAUCAUGUCGCAGUUUGUUUGGUGCUGGAUAAUCGCUCCCAUUACCCUUUGGAAAGCUCGCGACAUCCACGACACCCAAGGAUGGCGGACUCAGACAAUUGCUUGUGUCAUCGCAGGUCUCCCUGCUACCCCAUUGUGGCUCGCCGCUAUCUACGCCGACGGCAUGGUUUAUUUGCAAUCGGUCUGGCUGCCCCCUCAGUGGAUUUGCGUUUCCAUUCUUGUCAUCGAGAUUUUCACCAUUUUCCUUCCCUGCUUCGAGGUUUGGAAGCGCCAGUCUCUUCGCCAAGACACUCUCGACGCUAUCGCUCAGUGGGAGGCUCGUAACAAGAGCUCUGGUGGGGAGAAUGGGGAGGCCAAGUCUCUGGCUUCUGGAUCUACCGCAGUUGAGUCUAUCCUGUCCGCCUGGAAGUCCACCAAGGGCUCCGUCAGGUCUGAUGCCUCCGGUGAGAGUAUUCUCACUAUGGGUGCCCUUGAAUAUGUUCUCGAGCGCAACCCAGCCCCUCUACAGGAGUUCUCUGCUCUUCGUGAAUUCUCCGGCGAGAACAUUGCUUUCCUUACCGCCGUCGCCGAGUGGAAACAUUCGCUACCUGUUGCUCUCAAGGAUACAACUGCCAUUCGCGAUGAUAAGGUUCAAGAGUUGAUGCGUGAGCCAUUCAACCGUGCUUUGCACAUCUACGCUGAAUACGUCAGCCCCGGUCACGCAGAAUUUCCCGUCAAUGUCAGCCAUCAAGUCCUUCGGAAGCUGGAGCGAAUCUUCGAGAAACCGACUCUCCUCCUAUACGGCGAGCGCGAGGAGCCUGAGCCAGCUACUCCUUUCAAAGAAGCCUUUGACUUGGAUUCUCCCAUCACACCCGACACAGGAGAUUCCGAGAAGGGACUUAAGCACUCAGUUCGUGAAAUCAGAAAUUUGGUGCAAUACUGGGGAGAUAUUCCAGAGGAGUUCGAUGCUUCUAUCUUUGACGAGUCAGAGGGAAGCAUCAAGUACCUCGUUCUCACAAACACGUGGCCCAAGUUCAUUAAGAUCCAUCGGUCGUCGAUUUCCUCAGCUGCUACUUUAGAAGCUGGCGUGAAUGUUGUCGGCCUCGGCGACGAGCGAUCGGAGAAAUCAGCCCGAACCUAA